CUUUUAAAAUCUAGGGGCAGCGAUAUACAACAAACAUACGUGGAAUGGACAAAUAUGCGCAAAGUAUCUUCAUGAGUGACGCUCAGAUACCGCACAUCGUUGAACGCUUCGAGACGGUCCGGUAUGGAAGAAGAUAAUUAUAAGUUGAGCGCAAGAUCUCGCAAGGCUGGUCACCGACUACCCAUCCUGCUACCCCCUUCUCAAUGUCAUGGCUAAACUGCCGAGUAUAGCAUUAGGCUUCUUGAGUCAGCCAUUCACCCGUCUUUCCCAGCUAUUGUUCUUAGCUGAUUCUGUCUGGGUAAACAAUGGCCAAGUUAUCACCUCAGAGCUCUCCAACUCUAUCCAAGAGACCCUUGAUAUUUGGAACAUCACUGGACUGUCUGUCGCAGUUGUCCCGAGGUACGGCGAACCAGAAUUUCAUUCAUGGGGAAACAUGACGGAGGACGAGGACAAGACAACAGAAGGCACAUUAUUCCACAUGGCGUCUAUAUACAAGGCUUUCUGCGUUAGCGCUCUUGGAAUUUUGAUGGAUGACUAUGAGCAUGGAAGAAACAUCACGCCGCUUCCUCCCGCUCUGUGCGAAUUUAAUUGGCACACCUUAGUACAAUAUAUCCUUCCGGGAGAAUGGCAAUUGGUGGAUGACUGAGCGUCCAAGAAAGCGAAUAUGAAGGACAUCCUCUCUCAUGUGUCUGGUGUUCCUGGCUAUGACUACCCGUAUGGACCACAUGACAGCCCGAAAGAUGAUGUAUUGUGGAUGCGCUAU